AGAUCUAGCUGCCAAUCAGCUCUCGGGGUCUCUCCCAAGUGGAGUUGGAAACCUCGUUGCGUUGGAGUAUUUAUAUUUAUCGACCAAUAAUUUCACCGGGUCUAUUCCAAAUGAGAUUGGAAACCUCGCUUCACUGAAGUAUCUAGACCUCUCCAGCAACUCUUUGUCCGGCUCCCUUCCCAACAGCAUCACCUCCCUCGGUCGGCUCCGCUCACUGGGAGUCAAUAACACCAACCUCAGUGGAACGCUGCCAACUUUUCUGGGGCUCUUGUCCCUCGAUUCACU